GAAGCCAAUCGCUCCUGUAUGUAGCCAUGCGCCACUGAGCAGUUUGUAUAGGAAUGAAUGGGCGGCCAUUUUCCAGUCCGUGGUCCAUCCUUUAUUAUGUCCAUGGCGAGGAGCAGCUUCCACCGAAUUCGGUGCGAUCGUUAUUGGUCUUUCCGUUGCAACGGAGGAGAAAAUCCGGGUGAAGGAGCUUGGACCGGACAAAAUGGACACGACAGGGAAGAGACGGCGAACUCUAACAAAGAAAAGGCAAGAAAUGCCAGUUUCCCCCCCUACCCAAAAUGAGGAAUCUGGUUAUUUUGCAUUUGUUCACUUUGAAGAUGAUGCUACUGCAACAAUUUUUAAACCCUCAAGCAUAUUAGUAGGCAGCAACGAAAGUCCAGUCCUUCGACUCCUGGACCUUAAAACGGGACAAAAUGUUUUAGCUAAGUGGUCUGACGGCAAAUUUUACAAAGCCACUGUUGAAUAUGUAUCUCAGACAGAGACCCCAGUCAGAAAAACACCAAAGCAGACACCAAAGCAGGCUUUUAUAAACCAAUUUUUAGGGUCUCAGCAUGUGUCAGCAUCAUCAUCAGGGUCUUCACCUGACACUAUAAUAAUACAGAGGAGCCCUCUGCCAGAAUUUGGGGAAGAGAUCAGUCCAGGACCAUUGACGUCACCUCACUUGGCCAGCAGAGAUGGACGUUCGCCUCACGGUGCUGGUGCUCUAGCCAGGAGAAGCCCACCAUCAUCGCACAGGGCCAGUGGAGGCGGACCAUCCCUUAACUGGGCCAGUGGAGUCUCACCUCCCUCCCACGGGGCCAGUAGAGUCUCACCUCCCUCCCACGGGGCCAGUGGAGUCUCACCUCCCUCCCACGGGGCCAGUGGAGUCUCACCUCCCUCCCACGGGGCCAGUGGAGUCUCGCCACCCUCCCACGGGGCCAGUGGAGUCUCACCUCCCUCCCACGGGGCCAGUGGAGUCUCGCCACCCUCCCACGGGGCCAGUGGAGUCUCACCUCCCUCCCACGGGGCCAGUGGAGUCUCACCUCCCUCCCACGGGGCCAGUGGAGUCUCACCUCCCUCCCACGGGGCCAGUAGAGUCUCACCUCCCUCCCACGGGGCCAGUGGAGUCUCACCUCCCUCCCACGGGGCCAGUGGAGUCUCGCCACCCUCCCACGGGGCCAGUGGAGUCUCACCUCCCUCCCACGGGGCCAGUGGAGUCUCGCCACCCUCCCACGGGGCCAGCGGAUAUGGAUAUUCGACACAAGGGGCCGGUGCCAGUGGACUGGGACCUGACUGGGGCAGCAGACUGGGACCAUCUGACUGGAGAAACACACCUCUGUACUAUGGAGUCCAUGCAGCAUUGGAAACAGCCUAUGGUGAGACUGGCACUUGUGCAUCAGCUUACAGUGUUGGAGCAGCCGGCCCGUUGCCAUAUGGUCCAUCACCUGACGGAGGACAUGCAUCUGACCCACCACCUGGUGAUGGCAAUCCAGCCGGCAGAAAAGCGGCCAGCCCACUGCACUACUGGAGAGAAUUAGGCAGCUCACCAGAUCAGAGCAACGUCCCAACAGCUACUGAGUGGACACCUUGCGAUGGAUGUAAGAAGGAGUUUGACAAGCUCAUCUGUCAGAAGAGGGAAGUCGAUGAGGUCGCCUCAAAAAUAGACCCGGGCCAGCUCCAAGAGAUCCAGAAUCUCAUCAAUUUAAUUGGACAGAGUCAUCGCGAUCAGGAGUCAGACAGCACCAACCCUUCUGCAACAUCAGGCCAUCAGGAACUGUUUCCUGACAGCGGCUUGUUUGUCUCUUCCUUCCGACUUGCUGCUAUGCACCAGUCAGCGAGACAGGACUCAAUGCGUCUGUUUCACUCACUGUUUGACCACUUCUUCACUGUGGAAGAGUGUCAGAAAUCUGUUGCUUUUGGUCGCCAUGGCAAGCCCCCAGAAGGAAAGAAGCUGCUUGAAAGGAAGAAGGUGGACGGAAUUCUAACCUAUGUCCUGAGAUGUGCAACAAUUCCAGGUUGGACAAAAAUUGAUGACAGCAAACUGAAGAAGGCCUUCAUAAACAAAUGUAGGGCCAGAGCAGGAGAGAACAGCAGUAGACCUGAAUGCACUCCUUAGCAAUGGUUGCUGUUUGUUGAGUUGUUGGUGAUGUCCCCU